AUGGAUACCAACACCAAACUGGUUAUCAGCACUCUUUGUAUCAGCUUUCUCACCUUUCAGUUUCUUUCCCAAUUUGGAAGUUAUUGGUUUUCUGCAAACAUUUCUUCAGGUUUUAAUAGUCUCAGCUUGGAAAAGAAGAUUGAAUGGAACUUGAGGGUAGUUUCUGCAUGCCAUUCUUUGAUGUUUGGGAUUUUGGGCCUAUAUAUUUUCUUCUUUGAUGAGGCUACUAGAGCUGAUCUACUUUGGGGCAAUUCAUCAUUUGUGAAACUGAAUAUUGCUACUGCUUCAGGCUACCUCAUUUCUGAUUUGUUGAUUCUCAUUUUCUAUGGAAAAGUGAUUGGUGACAAAUUUUUCAUAACUCAUCAUUGUGCAGCACUGUAUGCACACUGCUUUGUACUCAAAUAUCAAGUGCUGGGGUACAUUGCAAAUUUUCUACUGCUUGCAGAGCUUUCCAGACCUUUUGUGAAUUAGCGGUGGUUCUUUGAAGCUCUGAAGUAUCCAAAGUUUUCCAAAGCUAAUGUCACCAAUGGAAUUCUCGUGACCGUGGUGUUCUUCAUUGUGCAGAUUGCUAUACCUCCUUUCUAUAGCUUCUUGUAUUCCCUGUAUGAAACAGAACCCUACAUCAGGCUAAUCCAAUGUUCCUGGAUCUCUACUUGUAUUGUUUUGGAUGUGACAAAUGUCAUGUGGAUGAUCAAAAUCUCUAAAGGUUGCAUCAAAGUCAUCUCUCUCAUCAGACAGGAGAAAGCCAAUAAUAGUCUUCAAAAUGGAAAAUUUGAUUAA